AUGGCACCCCCGAAGACGCGAGUUCGCAAGUUUCACCGCCGUAGUAAGAAUGGGUGUAUCGUUUGCAAGGAGCGCCAUGUCCGAUGCGACGAAAGACAGCCGCUCUGCACCAAUUGUCUGCAGAAUGGCACACAAUGCCGCUAUCCUCCGACUGCACAGGCCAAGAGAAAAACGACGCCCCCGGACGCCGUCCUCGUUCGGCCCACAGUUACACCCAGUCCGACGUCUCUCCUGUCGACCAGUCAUGCCUUUGCUGGGUUUGGCAAGGACUAUCAACUAUCUAACAAGUCAAAAUGGCUCUUCCAUCACUGGCUGUUGCAUGGUUCUCUCGUCGUCGCAGCAUGUCAAUGGGCGUGGGUGACCGGGUCCCUUGACCAUGUCAUGGUACCUUUCCUUCACCACAAAGCAGCUGCGUAUGAGUUUGCGCGGCAGCAAGUUCUCGAUCCAGAACAAGCCUUUACAGAAACCACCGUUUUCGCCAUUGCAACGCUGGCAUUGGCAGAGGGGGCCAUCGGUGACUUGGAUGCAUCCUCGAAGCACCUUCGAGGCUUGCACGAACUGACCUUGAGAAAGAACGGGUACAGCCUUGCCAAGCUCAAUACCGCACAGCAAAUGCUUGAGAUGGCAGGGGACCGACUGCGGAGGGGUGAAGUGGGAAUACUCCAUGAUGCCAUCGGGGCGGACUUCCAGCCAACGGUCAUUGCUCUCUUGUUCACCUCAUUAUGGGACCUAGGCAGCCUGCCGCCCAGGGAGGCGCCGCGAUACGGCUGGUGGGAAGCCAGCGAGACGAAGAGUGACAGACUCUGGCAGGGAUACACAAAGAAUCUCAACUGGGAGCUCUCACGAGGCUUUGACCCACAGCACAACAUCACAAUGAUGCUGAACAGCGACCCGAAGAGUAGCAGAGCGAGCUACAUAGCCACCUUUUUCUACGUGCUCAUGGCUGUCAACGACAGCCGCGUCGACUGCGUCCUGACUGUUUGGCUCUUGGAGCAACUCAUUGAUGACAUUUGUCUCAAAGAGGAGGACAUGUUAGCUGGUACUUUCAGCCGACACCUCUGGCUUUGGAGUGUGCUUUUUGGGGCGGCCGUGGCCUCGGCUGGGCUGGCGACCGAAUCCGAAGGCCAGCGACAGCUCGAUAUGUGGAGGGCAGUAUAUGCUGACAAGAUUAGACUAGUCAGCCGUCUGCUCAACCUGCGAGACUGGAAGGACACGAAGCAGUCGCUCGCUGAAGUCGCUUGGACUGAAGGCACCAUGGCGGAGAGAAAGCUUAGGGAGAUUUGGGAGGACGCUGUGGGCAGAGAGAACCUGCCCGAGAUGCUGGAGAUGCAAAAGCUGCUUGAGCUCACAAGUUUGGGAAGCGCCGAGGCAUGA